AUGACGCUCCCUCGUUUCGCGAGUGUGCGCCACGUCCGGCUCCUUGCGCCACCCAAGGUCGUGCCGAGAGUGUAUGUGGAUACACCGCGCACCCCUUCACUGCUCUCGCAGGCAGCGUCCUCGUCAUGCACACGCUUCAAGCCCACGACGAUGCGCGUGUCUUCUCCCCUGCUUGCCAUGGCCCGCCAGGCCCUUGCUACCCGCCCUAUACCUGUGUAUACACCCCUAGGUGGCGUGCGAUUCACAACGUAUGGCUCCGAAUACCAGCCAUCGCAGCGCAAACGCAAGCGCAAACAUGGUUUCCUUGCACGCCUGCGCUCGCGAACCGGUAAAAAAGUGCUGGUACGACGACGUGCGAAAGGAAAAGCACGCGUUUCACACUAA